AUGAAGCAAUCUAUAAAAUUCAUCAAUGCACUGCGAUUCUUUACAUUACUGUUCAGUUUGAUUGGAUUAGGAUGCCAUUUUGCUCAAUGCACAUUAUUGCAUGUGUACCAAAACAAAACAAACAUACCAAGCUGGAUAUCAGUAGGGCACUGGCAGUAUUUAGCUUGGUACAUCCUGUUCAGUUUGUCAGUGAUGAGUGCGUUGGCUGUUUGUGUACAUGCGACAUGUUGUAAACGAGGACACAUCUUGCGAGGAGAUAAAUGCUUGGGAUCAGUAAACAUUGCAGUUUCCGCUGUUAUCAUUAUAGCAAUUACAUUCUGGGGAGGCCAAGAGCCGUGGACACAUGGUCUUGUGGAGUUCAAGGAACCGGCAAAAGGAUUUAUUACAUAUUGUGCCAUGUUGGAUCAAGAUCAUGAUGCGACUUACCCAUUGCUUAUGCAAAGGUGUUUGCUAGUGGAUAGUACCUACGUCGUGUCCAUCGCUGUAUCUCUCAUGUGGAUCGUUCUAGUGAUAAGCAGCUCUAUGAUAAAAUCCAGUAGAAGAAUGUCUGACCCUAUUGUUCCCAUACUGUCAAACGAGCAUGAAAAGGGCAGAUGGAAAAUCUCAUUAGCAAGCAACAAAAGAGCCUCAACAGCAAAGAAAUACGCCACACCGAUAGCACCGCAAAGAGAGAAAUUGGAGCUACCAGGAAGCUACGAUCAUCGCAAUAGCAACGAUUUGAGCAGGCUGCAAGUGGAUCGCUACUCGAUGCUUGCUCGUCAGUAUCCACCACCUAAUGCUAGCAAUGCUCUCCCAGGAGCCUACGUAUCUCCGGCACAUACGCCAUCUCCAUUCUACUAUUCUUGA